GAGUAACAGAGUCAAAGUGAAUCAGAGUCAUAGAGUCGCAGAAUCAAAGCGUAGCAGAGUCGUAGAGUCGCAGGGUCAACGUGUAGCAGACUCAUAGAUUAGCAGAGUCAACAAGUAGCAGACUCAUAGAGUAGCAGAGUCAACGUGUAGCAGACUCAUAGAGUAGCAGGGUCAACGUGAAGCAAGAAGCAAGGCUUAAAGAUCAAAGUUUAAAAUCAGGUCAGUAGUCGGUAUAUUUAAGUUUAUCAAUAUAUUCUUAACACAUUUUCUUGGUUGAAUUCCAUUUAAAGUUGAUUGAUUCUAUGUUUAUUUGAAGAGUCGAACAAUCGCUUGAUAGCUUCGACAACAUUUUACAAAGUUGAGAUCUAAACAACAAAAAAUUUAGCAUCAAGUUCUCUUUAACGUAGAUAUAGUAGUUAAACCAUGUAAUUUUUUUUUCUUUUGUAAGAAUUAUUUUUUUAUUUUCUUUAAUGUAAAUGUCAUGUGACAUUGUCAUAGUUUUUUUACACAGACAGUCGCAAUGGAAAGGUCACAUGUGCAUAUCCUUUUAUUUCUUACAUUAAUAAAUCCAUCGGUGAGAAGUGCCAGUGGUAAGUCCUUAUACAUUUAUAAAUGUCAGUGGUAUGUUAAACAACUGUAGGAGAUUUGUUUUUAAAAAAAUUGUCCAAAGACGUAAACUACAAAAAUUGCACAAAGAAAACAAUAGCACAACUCUUGUUUGUUUAUGUAUACAUGCUUGUUUUAUUUUCCAAUUUUUUACAUUAUUUUUGUUUAACUAGAUAGAGCCCGACAAAUGUUGGCGGCGUAAACUUCCAAUCUAGUGAAGUUACUUGAUAAAACAUGAGCCCAAGUAACGCACAUUUCAGAAUCCCAAUGUUUGCAACACCCCUUCCCUCAUGAUACGUCACUGCACACUUUUUAUUUCACGCCUAUGAACUAUAGUAAUAUUUUCACGUCCCAACCACUUUUAAACCGAAAAUUUUUCACACAAUACUUAAAUUGAGACGAUUUCAUUUCCGAAAAGAAAAUAUUAGCACGAAACGCUAUUGCGUUAUUAAAUAUAUAUAUAUAUAUAUAUAUAUAUAUAUAUCAUUUAGCGUUGUUAUCGGGAAUUAUAUUUUGCUCGCUAGUGAUCUCAUUAUUUAACCAUACUCUAGCGUAUCUAUAUAUAGCCUGCGUGGUCGUGUUUGACCUUUGCUGGUGAAUUAUAUACAUAGAAGUUUAAAAAGGUUUUUGUCAAUACAUGAAACGUAAGAUUAUUAUUUUUUUUUUAAUUACCACAAUUGUUUGUAAAUAGUUGCUGUGUUUUAUCAUCCUUAUAUUGAAUACAAUGAAAAAGGACAAAGUUGUAAAAAAUGUAAAAUUUGCAAACAAAAAUAUCUCUUUAGAAUUACAAAAGUUUGUUACGUUUAGUGCACUAUAUUAUGAAUUAAACAUAAAAUUAACUUAACAAUUAAAUAUCUCCCCCCCCCCCACCCAAAAAAAUAUAUUUUUCUUUUAAAAUUUGGAUUUCCCCCCCCCCACCCAAAAAAAUAUAUUUUUCUUUUAAAAUUUGGAUUUAAAAAAGCUGGCAUUUUGAAUUCACGAUGAAUGAUCAACAUAAAUAUAUACAUAUGGAUUGAGAAAGGUAGAAAAAAUAUAGUCUUACUCAUUACAAAUGUUAUGAAAAUAUCACUUAAUACACAGCAACAACUUUAAAGGGUUCAUAAAAAUUUCACUAAAUUAUUCUAUGCAUUUUUGUAGCAUGCCUGUGGAAAAACUCCUUUGAGUUCGAAGGGAAGUGUUUCGAGGACAAUAAAACGGCGCUCACCUACACAGAAGCCAGGGUAACUAUGCUGGUCUUUUUUGCUUAUUGUAUGCUGUCGUAACCUUUCUGUCUUGUGGUCAAGUGUCUCGACUGCGGGACGUGACAUUGUGUUUCCUUAAGCGUCAUACAUAUCAAGCUUCUUAGAGGCUUCUGCGACGCAAACCGGUGAAGAAACUGAAAGGUGUUAUCGAGAUCCAGGCGUGCUAGGGGUUUAAAAGAUUGACAUUUUUUUAUUUUUUUAAAUAUUCCAAUUGAUGAUUAGAAAGCUGCUAAUGCAUAGCUAAUAGACUGUAUACUUCUUACUCAAGAGAUUUGCUAAUAAAUAGCUACUAGAAUGCAGAUAUAUUUCUUAAAAGGGAUGAGUUUAUGUGUAAUUUUAUGAGUGUGUUUUUGUCUCAAUUUGUUGCCAUUCCGUUUAAUUUCUUUAAAAAUCACGCUAUUUACUAAAUGAAAGUAGAAAAGGAUUUUUUUUAAUCUACAUUAAAAACACAUGAUUAUUUGAUUAAAUACCGAAUUAUAAUCUCAAGACAAACUCUAUCCACACCAGGAUGGAUGUCUAUCAAUCGGUGGAGUUCUGGCAACGGUGAAGAGCAAGGCGCAGAUAGAACAUGCAGUUUCAUAUAUGCCACCCAGUAAGUCACUCAGUAUAAGGAGUCGCAUUAGUCUUCUGAUCGCUUUUACCCACAAGGCGUCACCAGCGUAGCAAGAGUGUUUGGCACCCGGGGGGGGGGGCGGCAAGAUUUGCGACAAUGGACAAGAUUCAUUGUAAAGCGCCCGCUUUUCUUUUUUUCAACUCUAAAACCCAUUCUUUUCAUCAAAACAAAUUUUAGCGCCCCUAACUAGCUGGCGCAUAGGGACAUAUGUCCCCCCUGCCCUACCCCUUCGCUACGCCUCUGAGCCUCACAAUGAAAUACAGUUCCUAAUCUCCCGCAAGGUGUGAGUCCCACUGACGUUUUAACUUGCUGUCAUUUAAGGUGUAUUGAACACAGUCGAUGCACCUACCUAAAUUGUCAUACCCUGGCUAUGAAUCCCUUUCAAAACAGUGACACAGAACAAAGACACACUAUAUUCUAGAAUCUAGAUGAACAUGGGUUUUUUUCAGCCCAGCUGACCUAAAAUCUUCAUUGUAAACUCUCAGUAAAUAGGUCGAUCCAAAAACUAAAAUAUAAUUGAGACAUGAGAAUUUUUUUUUUUUGUAUACACAAUAUAAAUAAAAUGAGAAAUGUAUCAAAAGAAGUUGAAAAAAUUAUUUAGUUCUUGUCAAGUUUCACUAACUAAAAGAAUAUAUAUAUAUAUAUUCUCUCAUAUUAGAAAAGAUUACUGUGAUAUAGAUAAUAUCAAUUAUAAAUUAAAUCCAUUUAAACAUUACUUAACUAUUAAACAACUAACAAUGCAUAAAAUGUUUCUUUUGUUCCAACAUCUAAAACACAUUAGCAAGGUGAAAAACUCAUUGAUCUAUAUCAGAAAAAAGUUACAAUAACAUAAGAUCAUGUCACAUAUUGUUUCAUAGAGUAAUAAUAGAAAGGAAUACACAAUGGGUAUACUUCCUUUCUUGACAUGAAGUAAGUUCUUAUAGACAAUAAUUUCAGAAAACUUACAGUUCUCACAGAUAAAAUAAAGAAACCAAUGGGUCUUGUUAAGCAUCACAAGAUGUUUUUAACCUUAAAAAGUAAUAUCCAAAAAUGAAGUCUCAUACAGUUAUAUAUUCAAUAUAAAUAUAAUAAAACAGUUCUAUUGUGACUGUUGGUUCAUUAAAUUUAAUGUCACACUUAUGUAGGCAAUAUUAUGUGCUAUUCCACGUAAAUAGUCCUCAGCCUAAAUAUUGGGUUCAAAAGAAUUGACAUUGCAAGUAAGUCUUUCUGCUGAAUCUUUAUAUUGUUUUCUUCCUGGAGGAGGCUCUUGACCACUGGUGUAUUGUUCAAUACGAAGUUCGUUCAAACUUUGUUCACGUUUGAUAGCUUUUAUAAAUUUCCAAAUGUUGGGGUGGUCAGGGCAAAUUUGGUUCUGAAAUCCUCUGUGCCAACCUUCAAAAGCAUUGUUGGUUUUUGGCAAACCUUGUUGAUUAGCAUGAAAGCUAUUCCACAUAUAAAGGGGAAAUUGGGGUGGUCGACGAUGACUAUGAUUAGGUCGACAGAUCCAUGUGUCCUCAAAAUAGUCAACAACUACUUGAGCUUCAGGGGGUAAAAUAUUUCUGUUGCAAAGUAACUCAAAAUACUCUACCACAUGUUGUGUAGGAACAAAUGCUAAGGCAGAUAACAUUCGUAUCCUUAAAGCAAAUUCAGGGGUCACAGUUGUAAUUUAUCUUAAAGCCUUUUGUUUGCAAAUUUCUAUAGAUACACUGGCAGAAGUGAAAAAAAAAUCUUCCACGAAAAAUUGUUUGAGGAAACUCAACAUUUAUGGCAUUUACCAUUGCAAGCUCAAAGUCUAUGAGAAAAGUAUGAUGAUUACAAGUAGACUCCAUGUCUUUGAUAGCUCUUAAAAUGUGUAUAUUACUUUGUACACUCUUGUUUGGAAGAAGUGCAUAACCUAAUGGAACAGCAGUAUGUUCACGUAAGCCAUGUAUUGUAUACAAUUGUUCAAAUAAAGGUGGUACCGUUUUAAAAUUUCCAUAUGAAGACCAGUUUUUUGAGCUUGAAAUUAAACGUAGAUUAUUCCUGGUUGAAAAUUUUAAAAUUCUUUCAUCUACCGGCCCAGAAACAAACAGUAAAAAGUCUUCACCAUUCUCUCUAGAAAUAUAUUCACUAAUGAAUCUAAUGUCCCUCCUGUGAGUAGGAAUAGCUGGACCCCAAGUGUCUUUUAUUCUAUGAUUUCUUAUGUUUCCUUUCAUAGCUUCAACUGAAAGGAGUUGACCUUUCGUGGCUGGGGUUAAAUUCAAUGAAGUAUUAGAUGAAAUAUAAUGCGGAGAGUCGCAUGUGGUUAUAGCGUCUCUUUAAUCUGGUUCAUAACUGCAUUAACUUCAAUCUGGGAGCUAUCAGCUGCAUGGCUGUGCUCGUUGCUUUGUUUGGUAAUAAUAGUGUUUUUUAAUAGUUACCACUCGACAUGGGCACGAAAGUUUUUUGAAGUUGCCACACUUCCAAUAGAUUUUAUCGUUACGCUGCUUUUCUUUCAGGUAGAUGUAGCCGUCAACGACAAGUUUUAUUUCUUUUUUUAAUUUUUGCUUCUAACAAAGUUAUCCUCUGACAAGGAUGUCAUUUUGACUACUUGUCAUUUAAGGACUACACAUCGGUUUGAUGCCACUAAUUACCGAACAAAACAUAGCUUUUUUGUUAGAAAUCAGCGUUGUCCCGCAUGGUAAAGAUUGAGAUAGAAAAACUGUUCGAAAGAAUACAUUUAUUUUUUUUGAAGAACAUUUUAGUGGUGGUAUUUUGAACGUUAACUUGAUACGUUAAUUUCUCAAUGAUUAAAUAGCUACUGUUUCGUAUUUUUCAGUUUGAACAAAAUUCCUUCCGUACACAAAUCUUUUCGAACACUGGAACAGAUCUCCAUAAUUCGCACUUGCAAGUCAUAAAUAUAAAAUUUAUUUACAAGAAAAAUGAAAAGAAGAAUCGAACAAAAUUUCGCUCGAACAAACUAACAUUCGAACAAAUUACACUUCCCACAUUUCUCCCUAGCAUCUCUUAGAUUUAAAAAACAAUCGACCAAAUUUCCGUUAGAUCAAACUUCCGUUCGAUGAAAUUUCCAUUAAAGUUCCUUUCGAUUAAAGUUCCGUUCGAUCAAAUUUCCUAUCGAUGAAACUUCCUACAGAUGAAACUCCCGUUCGAUCUAAUUUCCGUCCGAACAAACUUUCGCUCGAUCAAAUUUCCGUUCGACCAAACUUCCGUCGAUCAAUUUUCCGUUGAAGAAAUUUCUUUCGACGAAAUGUCCGGAUACGGAUACAGGCAACACGAGAACCGCCUCAGAAUAAAGAAGUGAAUUAGAUCAAUUAUAACCCUCCUUGGUACAUAAAAUAUACACAAAGGGUGUGUACAUUUUUAAAUGGAUGACAAUAGCUUUGAAUCCAACUAUAUCACAGUUGUGAAAAUGAGAUGUUAUAUUCUCUUUUUGCAAAUACACUAUACAAAUAAUAUGUGUCACAAUCACAAUGUUUUGUAAAUAAUGUAUGUAUUAUACUAUACAAGUUCACAACAAGAAAUACAUCUGAUGCCGAGCAUACUUGGCACUAACUAGUUUCUGGAUAAUCUUCCUUACUUCUUAAACUUAAUAAUGUAUCAACACACUAUGGACGGUUCAAUCUUCUUCAAGCGAACUACAUGUCAUGUUAUCCAUCCUUUAUUUCUUGUUUUCUAUCUUCGCUCUCCCUGAUUGGCCAGUUUUUCUCAAGAGAAAGAAAAAAAAAAUGAUUAGUUUAGGGUCACGAAAGGUGGUAGGGCAGGCCCAACAGGUAACAAUUCAAAACUCAGGAAAUCCAAAGUUUUUCUCUAAUCAGUCGUCAUUGAACUCCUUAAGUAACAUUAAAGAUUUAAUUAGGGAUUAUUUAUAUUUGGUAAUUUUAGUUCAUGUUUAGAGGGACAAUUUGUAGCUUAGGGGCGCGAAAAGGGGUAGGGUAGGCGUAUCAUAUAUAUAUAUAUAAAAAUAUAUAUAUAUAUAUAUAUAUAUAUAUAUAUAUAUAUAAAUAUAUAAUAUAUAAUAUAUAAUAUAUAUUGUUUUUGCUAUAUAUAUAUAUUGUGUUUGAUAUAUAUAUAAUAUAUAUAUAUAUAUAUUAUAAAUAUAUUGUGUUUGCUGCUAGGCAGCUUCAAGAGAUAUGCCAGGAAUAAAAUACAUAACCUAUAUUCUACAUUUAUCGACUUGAAUAAGGCUUUUGACAGGGUCAAUAGAGUUGGCCUGUAGAAAAUCAUGAAGAAGUACGGAUGCCCAGACAAGUUCACCAGCAUCAUCCGUCAGCUGCAUGAUGUCAUGAUGGCCCGAUUGCAGGACAACGGUCAAUCAUCUCAAGCAUUCCCCGUCACAAAGGAAACUCCUCGGCAUCAGCUGACAUGACAAAAUCCCCCACACCGAGGUCCUUGCUAGAGUGAACCUACCUAGUAUCUUCACCACCCUGAUGCAGUCUCAGCUCCGUUGGAUGGGACACGUAGCCCGCAUGGAAAUCCAACGGCUCCCAAAACAGAUAUUCUUCAGAGAACUAAUAAUAGGCAAGCGCUCCGAAGGAGGUCAAAAAAGGCGUAACAAAGACUCACUGAAAGGGCAUUAAAGGCCUUCAGCAUAAACCCUACUCAUUGGGUGCAGACAGCCCAGGACAGAGCCAGAUGGAGAGCGGCUGUCAAGAAGAGGGCUAAAUCCCAUGAAGCUAAUUCAAUUAGUACUUGGAUAACCACAGCUGAGACACGCAGGUUUGUCAGAAAGAGCAACAUUAGGUCACCAUUUGAAGCAACUAUCCUCUGCCCGCGAAGCCAGAGAUUAUUCCGAGCAUGGAUCGGUCUAGCAAGCCACCUAAGAGCUCACCGUAACCCACCCUCCCACCUAACCGGAUGACUCGCUGGUUCAAGUCGACUUCGACGGACGAACAACAAGAUAUAUAUUAUAUAUAUAUAUAUAUAUAUAUAUAUAUAUAUGCUUCUUAAACUCGAAAUGAUGUUACAAACGUAAACUUCAUUACAUACAUACUACUUUUUAAAAUGAGGAAAUGUAAUGAGUUUUCGUAAUAGCAGGUAGGAAUUAUCGCUUAGUACCUGCCAUUAUGAUCUCGGUAACAUCGGGUGAAUUGUCUAGUCUUCUUUAUUUUGAGGGCCCACGAUCAAUGAAUUGAUCAUUCUUGCUCCUAGUUUUAAAUAUUUAGCAACAACGUAUAUUUCUUGUUCAUGUAUCUCUAUAUAUAAUUUGGUCAUGUAUCUCUAUAUAUUAGUUGGUCAUGUAUCUAUUUAUAGUUGUUGGUCAUGUAUCUCUAUUUAUAAGUUGGUCAUGUAACACUAUGUAUUAGUUGGUCAUGUAUCUCUAUAUAAUUGUUGGUCAUGUAUCUCUACAAAUUAGUUGGUCUAUGUGUCUAUAAAUUAUUUUGUCUUGUCUCUUGACAUGUUAGUUAGUCAUGUCUUCCUCUGCUAACUCUGGUCGACCGGGGACACAAUUUUUUUUGCCUAUUGCACAGAAAUAGGUUUAGUUCAAAUACAAAGUGUAUUUCCGACCUUUCGAAUUCAUCUCCCCCCUCCCCAACCUAAAACCUCUCUUGGUUCUACGUCUUGCACCAUCGGAUGUGUUUUGAUUUUUGCAACUAUUUUAAGAUUAAAAUAAUUAUUAAGAUCUUAAACUCCAAUAACAACUUUGAUGAUCUCUUGACUAUAUUGACACUGCAGAUGCAGAGUUCUGGAUCGGUGCAAACGAUAAUGCUGUAGAGGGAAACUGGGUGUGGGAAGAUGAUGGUGCUCCUGCGACAGAGUUGUCCGGUAUAUGGGAUUCUAACGAUGAUGAACCAACCAACAAAGCGGGGGAAAACUGUGGGCUAAUCUCUUUAUAUCCAACAGCAAAAUCGGCCUUUGACCGUAUGUGUGACGCUACAUAUGGUUUUCUUUGCAUGGAGAAAGGUAAUUUUACUUCCGUUUGAUGAUUAAAUGGUCAAUGUAAUGUCAGACAUGAAACAAAUACGGCUUGAUGUUUAAAUUAAACUAAACACAUUUUUUUACUAUUAUCAGUAAAGAAUAUUUUAUUUUUCGAGUGUAUCCAACUGACAAACCAAGUCAAUGACAAUCUUUGUUAUUAUUUGACAAUUCAUAAAAUUGCAUAGCACUUUUUUUUUUUUUUUUUAAAAAAGCAUGAACAUAUUAUCCUAUGGGAAGAAAACUAUUCUAUAUUACAAAAUAUUAACUUGUUGCUAGAAUAAAUUAAUAAGCUUGGAUAGUGAAAAAUGCAAAUGAUAGACAAAUUUUAAAAAAAAAACAGCAAGGAGAAUAACGUAAAGUAUUUUAAAUUACAUAAAGGUUCUACAGUCAAACUAGAAUGUCCGUUUUGUUAAACAAUUUAUGUCUCUUUUCUUCUCUUUCAAAAACACAUUUUUGAUAUUUAAAUACAAUUUCGUCGUACGAAUUUAAAGGAGAUUAUAUAAUUUUGAAGACGUCUAGCGGUUGCGUGAUAACGAUACUUGUUACUUGUAGUUAUUGCUUGUAGUAUUUAUCCACAUUCACAAAAGAUUCAUGAUUACUUAAAAGCACAAGGUCAUCUUCAUUAGUUUCGCAUCACGUACAUUUUUUAAAUAUAAAUUGCACUUCGUACUGUAUAAAACAUGUCUCCUAAAUUGAAGGAAACAUAAUGGAUAUUGUCUUAUUAUUCACAUAUAAAUUUCACACAGAUCUAUAGAGUUAGUAGCAAGAUGCUGUGAGAUGUGUGGCGAGCGCGUAUCGUCUAUUCGAUCUCUCUCUCUCUCUCUCUUUCUCUCUCUCUCUCUCUCUCUCUCUCCUCUCUCUCUCUCUCUCUCUCUCUCUCUCUCUCUCUCUCUUUGAUGCUGUGAGAUGUGUGGCGCGCGCGUAUCGUCUAUUCGAUCUCUCUCUCUCUCUCUCUCUCUCUCUCUCUCUCUCUCUCUCUCUCCUCUCUCUCUCUCUCUCUCUCUCUCUCUCUCUCUCUCUCUUACGUCCAAUACACUUUCCUUAUUAACCUAUGCGCAUGACCUAUAUUCUCUAAUUAACUUCCUGUUUAUACUAACUUACAAACAAAAUACAAUAUCCGAAACAAAAUUAUUAUCUCAAUUAGUUGAUAUGUGACAAGAAGGAAAAGAAGUUAAGUACAUUUUAACCAGAUCCCAAUCGAAAAAACUUAACUCUUAUUUUCAUAUAUUCAUAACACCAGAUCCGGUGACUUCUACAAUCACAACAAACGACCCUGCUACCACCAACACUGCAGCUUCUACAACUGAAACUAGUGCUGCAACCAACACUGCAGGUUCUACAACUGAAACUAGUGCUGUAACCAACACUGCAGGUUCUACAACCGACACCAGUGCUACAGCUCUGACGACGUCUAUACAGCCGACGACUUCCUCAAAGCCUCUGACAGC